UGGUGUGGAUUAAAGCGGUUGUCUACGUUACAGCAGCGCCCUCUGCAGCACGAGCUCAUACGAGCACAGGAAGCAGUCUGACGUCACCAGAAUCCCAAAGAUGGCGGCGUUGGUUGCGCCUCGCCUGGCCAUGUUUGGCACCUUUUCAACAAGGCCCAUUUCAGUGUUUGUAGUUCAACAGAAGAGUCUGCACAACGGUGCAAAAAAUGAGAACACCAGCACAACUGUGGUUCCAGUCAGAGAGAAGAGCACUGCAGUGGCAGCAGCCAAACCAGCAUCUGUAGCCAGCAGCAAGGGGGAGUAUGUUAUCACCAAGCUGGACGACUUGGUUAACUGGGCGCGCAGGAGCUCUCUGUGGCCUAUGACCUUUGGCCUGGCAUGCUGCGCAGUGGAGAUGAUGCACAUGGCGGCACCUCGUUACGACAUGGACCGCUUCGGAGUGGUCUUCAGAGCAAGUCCCCGACAGGCUGAUGUCAUGAUUGUGGCAGGAACGUUGACCAAUAAGAUGGCUCCGGCUCUACGGAAGGUGUACGACCAGAUGCCUGAGCCCAGAUAUGUCAUUUCCAUGGGAAGCUGUGCUAACGGAGGAGGCUACUACCACUACUCUUACUCUGUUGUCAGAGGUUGCGACCGAAUCGUACCAGUGGACAUUUAUGUUCCAGGUUGUCCCCCUACUGCAGAGGCUCUUCUCUAUGGGACUUUACAGCUGCAGAGGAAAAUCAAGCGUGAGAAGAAGCUGAAGAUCUGGUAUCGGAAGUGAAUGUGUUAAGAGUGUGUGUUUAUCUGGUAUAUAAAUGCUGUAUUUCUAGUUUCAUUUGGGGCGCUGCUCCUCCUCCAUGUAGAGCUGCAGGAACUCAAUAAAUCCAUUGUUGUAAUUUACACACAGUACACUGCUGCUUAUUUUCAACCAAACCCAGCAGCGGACACACUUUUCUUCUUCUUUAGUUCAGUUUUAGAGUAUGGAGACGGUUUAUGUAACAGGAGCAACACGUAAGCAUCUUACUCAAGGUUUGCACUUGUGUCAGGAUUUAAGCCACAGUUUAAAUCUGUAAUUCAUCUUUAUUCAAGUAGAUGUGCUUAAUUUUACAAUAUCGAACCCUGACUUAGUCAUGACCGUAAGAUAAGAGUGUCAUACUAUAUUAUCUCAUUGCAUAUUAUUUUGAAUAAACUGGGCGUACAUGAAAACACAUUA